UUCAAAUCGUUUCGGUUCAAUCAGAGCCAAUUCGUUCUUGACCCAUGCUCAUCCUUUGGUGUCAUUUUCUUUGAACAACCCAACUCCCUUCCCUCUACCCACCGAUAUAAUACUGCAAUUCGCCAAUUUUUAUUCCACCCCACAGAAAACCCAUAGCUUCCCACAUACCGCCAGAUGAUCUUCUGCGGUCAGGUGCUUAUAUAUUUGGAGCAAAUGUGGACAUGAGAAUCUGUUGUGUCUUUCUUAACCAAGAAUUGUUUCCUUAUAUGUUGAGACUUAGUUUGGUACGUGGCAUUUCGAUUCAGGGGCUAUUUUAGGAUAAUACAUAUACCUGGGAUUUUAUUUGAACAGGAGAUGCAUAUUUUUCGAGUACAUCUGGUGAUUAGGGUUCCUUUUGAGGGCCUUUGGUUUGUGUGAUUCUUCAAUAGAUGAGAAGAGGACCUAUUUCAAUCUGACAUUUUUAUGUAAGUGCACAUGUUAUUGUUUUUGCAAUGGGGUACCUGAACAUGGAGAAGAAGUGGGUGUUUCCUUUUGUUAUCAGUGCACUCGUGUCUGUAUUCCUUCUUGCCACAUGCUUCAAUAUGGGUCUCAUAUCUUCAAAUUCUACAUACAACGUUUCAAUAAACCAAACAAGCCCUGACUAUGCCGAAACAAAAGUUAAACAAUCUGUACCUUCGUCUGGUCCUUCCGUUCCACGCUUUGCUUAUCUGGUAUCAGGUUCGAAAGGCGAUUUAGAAAUGCUUUGGAGAACAUUGCAAGCAUUGUAUCAUCCACGUAAUUACUAUGUUGUCCAUCUUGACCGAGAGUCGUCUGUGGAGGAGAGAUUGGAGCUUGCCUACAGAGUAGAAACAGAACCCUUUUUUAUUCAAGCUGGGAAUGUCCACAUGAUUACCAGAGCUAAUAUGGUUACUUAUCGAGGGCCGACCAUGGUUGCUAAUACUCUUCAUGCAUGUGCCAUCCUCCUCAAGAAGCAUCAGGAUUGGGAUUGGUUUAUAAAUCUUAGUGCUUCAGAUUAUCCCCUCGUAACUCAAGACGAUCUUCUUUCCACUUUCUCCUCUCUCAAGCGAGAGUUAAAUUUCAUUGAGCACACAAGCCGGUUAGGCUGGAAAGAGGGGCAAAGAGCUAUGCCUUUGAUCGUAGACCCUGGGCUCUAUAAGGAUACCAAGUCUGACAUAUUUUGGGUCAAACCUGGGAGAGCUUUACCUACAUCCUUUAAACUAUUUACUGGUGAACAUUAUCCUACAUUAACUAUGUUAACAAACGUAGAAGUUGUCUGCUGAUUUGUGCUAUUUAGAUAUCCAAAUUCACUGUUGUCUGCUUUGCAAGUGUGCAUUCAAUGCACAUACCUUCAGAUGGAAAUUAAUUCAUUAGGGUCAUGUAACUCUUGAACGUUGAUUGACUAGUUUGAGUAGUUUCAUUAAUAUAUGAGCAGUGAAGUGCAUAUCUAGAUCUUUAGGGGACAAGAGUCCAUUUGCAACUACCUGGUAGUUACAUUCAUUUUGUCACAUCUAUGCUACUACUUAGUAGAGCCUAUUAUCUGUCUCAGGAUCACUUGGCUUUAUAACUUCGCUUUGUUGGUCCAUUUCCAUAUAUACCAUCUGAUUGGUGUUAUUGAGUUGAGCUUGUGAGAAUCCAAUUACUUUGUGGCCGUGCGUGGGACUUUAACUUUUUUGAGUUAUAAACUACAGUACUACUUUUAUAGAUAUAAUCACUAUGAACUUACAAGUUCAUCAUUUCUAGAGACUAUUACGAUGCAUAUAUAGAGAAAUAAUGAGAACUAGGAUCGUAGAAUAGGAAACCUUUUGGGAAUAGGAAACAAUAAUACAACUAGAACUAUGAUAACUAUAUACGAAGUAUUUACUAAAACUAUUAUUCUGCUUAAACUGUGAUAACUAUAUUACUAAUUUAACAAACUUCUUGAAAUAAUGUUUUAGCUUCGAGUAUUUUAGGAUAACUUACUGCUCUGCAUCAAACAGAUAAACUUCUGAUAAGGUGCUAACUCUUGGUUGGUUUCCUUCUUUUAUGAUCACGAAAUAAUGGUAAAAUUAACAAUCUGCAGGUUCUGCAUGGAUGAUCCUCUCACGUGCAUUUGUUGAUUACUGUGUAGAGGGUUGGGAUAAUCUUCCUAGAACUCUACUUAUGUACUACACAAAUUUUGUUUCUUCUCCUGAAGGAUACUUCCAAACUGUUGUGUGCAAUGCCCCUGAGUUUAUACCAACUGUGGUCAACCAUGACAUGCACUAUAUUUCUUGGGAUGUUCCUCCAAAACAGCAUCCUCACGUCCUUAACUUAAAUGAUACCCGGAAAAUGAUUAAAAGUGAUGCCCCCUUCGCACGCAAGUUCAACCAAGGUGGUCCUGUUUUAGAUAAGAUAGACAAGAAAUUGUUAGGCAGAAAUAGUGGCAAUUUUACCCCUGGUGGCUGGUGUGCUGGCAAUCCUCCUUGUUCUGAGCUUGGUGAUCCUGUCAAACUUAAACCAGGUCCAGGUGCCAAGAGGCUUCGCCGACUCAUAGGAAAAUUAGUUAUGUCUGAGAUAUUUAGUCAACAGCAAUGCAAGUAGAACAUUAAUAUAUCAUCUUCUUGCCAACGAUUGGGAAGAAAGCAGAUGGAUCACAAAGGUUCAUUAAAAAAACUAAAAUAAAAUUUGAUAUACUGUAAGAUAUGAUGUAUUCUGCCAUCAAUUUUGUCUAUAUUUGGAAAAGAAAUGAUCCCUAUACUUCUCUACAAAAUCCAUUUUUUCUUGCUAGUCCUAUAGCCCAUGUGAGAUGUUAAAGAUUGCUCUAUGCUAUCCAUUUUAACUUAAAGGAUCUUCUCUAUGCUAAAGAUUGCUCUGAAGUUUUGC